GAUCCAAAUGAGUAUCUUUUAAAUGGGAAACCCAGUGUGUCCCGAUUGGUGCACGUUCGAGAGCAGAGUGGAAAAUCGCUGAUACUUUGAAAGAAAAUGGGAGGAAACUGGAAUCUAGCAUGUUUUAAAAAAAAACAAUUGGAGGGAUGAGGGGAAUUUGGGCGUAACAUCUCUUUCUUAGUCAAAAAUAUAAACCGUCCCCAUAUUAAAUGUGCGGAAGGAAUCGCCACAUCACCAUUAAUUGAAAAAAAAACGAAGAGAAUGGGAUUGCGGAUAAACCAUGUCGUGUUACACUGAAGUCUUUCCCAAUCUUGGGGGAUCAAAGUGACUUCCUAUACGUGCGAACGCUAACGCUGUGAUGGAACACGUCAGUGCUCUGCUAGCCAGCACCAGGCUCGAUGGAAAUGUUUGCUCAAAUGCACUGAACGCUUCAAGCGCUAGAGUGCAAUCUGUGGCCAGGCUGGCUGGGAGCUAAAGGCGGCUUUCCUUCCCCUCUCAGCAUCGAGUGGGGUUCUGCAGCUCCCUUGUGCCUGCCCAGUGCAGACCAGCCGCCCCGUCUCCGUCUAUCUCUCAUCCCCGACCAGACAAAGCUCUCCAGCUCCAGUGCUCAUCCUCCAGCAGUGACAGGAGUUUCCCCCCUUCUCUCUCUGCAGUGACUAACACUCAGGGGCUGAGCCCAGCUCGCAGCCGCUAGAUUCCGGUUUCAUUUCUGCACCGCGAGUUGGUGAGAAACGGGGAGCCCGCAAGGAAGCCAAAAUCCAACUGUGUUAGUGAACUGACCCAGUGCCUUUUCGUGGCUAUUGGCAUGUCAUCAUUGCAAACUUCUAUCUUCUAUUCAGGCCAUCAUUUGAGCCCAAAUCAAAGGUAAUCAGAUGAUAUGAAGCUCUGUGGGGAUAAAUUAAUAGAGGAGGAGCGGAGGGUGAUAGCUAACAACCGUGAAUAUAACGAAAAGUUUCAAUAUGCUAAUAACCGCAUCAAAACCUCAAAGUACAAUGUUAUCACAUUUCUGCCUAUCAACUUGUUUGAGCAGUUCCAACGAGUUGCCAACGCAUAUUUUCUGUUCCUGCUGCUUUUACAGCUGAUUCCUCAUAUUUCUUCACUAUCCUGGUUUACCACAAUCGUGCCUUUAGUGCUGGUAUUAACCAUCACUGCAGUCAAAGAUGCUACAGAUGAUUUUUUUCGCUAUAAGAGUGAUAAUCAGGUCAACAACCGAUCCUCUCAGGUGCUCAUUGAUGGCAAGCUACAGAAUGAGAAAUGGAUGAAUGUUCGGGUGGGAGACGUAAUCAAAUUGGAAAACAAUCAGUUUGUGGCUGCUGAUCUGUUGCUGCUGUCAAGUAGCGAACCACAUGGUCUUGGUUAUGUUGAGACAGCAGAGCUUGAUGGAGAAACCAACUUGAAAGUUCGACAAGCACUGCCCGUAACUUCAGAGCUUGGUGCAGAUAUGUGUAGGUUGGCAGAAUUUAAUGGGGAAAUCAUUUGCGAGCCUCCAAAUAAUAAAUUGGACAAAUUCACUGGGACACUAUUUUGGAACGAAAAGAAGUAUUCCCUAGAUAAUGAAAAGAUGCUGCUUCGAGGCUGUGUGCUGCGGAACACGGAGUGGUGCUUUGGCCUGGUAAUCUUUGCAGGGCCUGAUACCAAGCUAAUGCAGAACAGUGGCCGAACCAAAUUCAAACGAACGAGUAUAGACCGACUGAUGAAUACUUUGGUACUAUGGAUCUUUGGCUUUCUUGUGUGUAUGGGAAUCAUUCUGGGAAUUGGAAAUUCCAUCUGGGAAAGUGAAGUUGGAUACCAUUUUCAUAUCUACCUGCCCUGGAACAAGUGGAUGAACAAUGCGAUUUUUUCGGGAUUUCUAAGUUUCUGGUCAUACAUAAUUAUCCUGAACACAGUUGUGCCGAUCUCACUGUAUGUCAGUGUUGAGGUCAUUCGACUUGGGCAUAGUUACUUCAUCAACUGGGAUCGAAGGAUGUAUUAUGCUAAGAAAAACACAUCUGCUGAGGCACGAACCACAACACUCAAUGAAGAGCUGGGGCAAAUAGAGUACAUAUUUUCUGACAAAACAGGAACUCUUACGCAGAACAUAAUGAUUUUCAACAAAUGCUCAAUUAAUGGAAAAGCUUAUGGAGAUGCUUAUGAUGAGCUGGGACAUAAAAUUGAAAUAUCUGAGAAAACGCUCCCUGUGGAUUUUUCAUUCAAUGCGUUAGCAGAUCCGAAGUUUAAGUUUUAUGAUGCGAGUCUGGUGGAAGCAACAAAACUGGGGGAUUCAUCUGUGCACGAGUUUUUUAGGUUGCUUUCACUCUGCCAUACAGUGAUGUCGGAGGAGAAAAAUGAAGGAGAGCUUGUUUACCAAGCCCAGUCACCUGAUGAAGGAGCCUUGGUCACAGCUGCAAGAAACUUUGGUUUUGUUUUUCGAUCCCGCACCCCAGAGACCAUCACAGUGAAUGAGAUGAGCCAGCCUGUUGUAUACCAAUUGCUGGCCAUUUUGGAUUUCAACAAUGUGCGAAAGAGGAUGUCAGUGAUUGUUCGGAAUCCUGAAGGACAAAUAAGACUUUACUCAAAGGGAGCUGAUACAAUUUUGUUUGAAAGACUUCAUCCAUCUAAUGAAGACCUGAUGUGUGUUACCUCAGACCAUCUCAGUGAAUUUGCAGGAGAAGGUCUACGUACAUUAGUGCUCGCCUACAAAGAUCUGGAUGAAGCUUACUUUAAUAAGUGGCAGAUAAGACACCAUAAUGCCAGCACUGCUCUUGAGAACCGAGAUGAACAGCUUUCUGCCUUGUAUGAAGAGAUUGAACAGGACCUGAUGUUGCUAGGUGCCACUGCUGUAGAAGACAAAUUACAAGAAGGGGUUUCUGACACAAUUGCCAACCUAACCCUGGCCAAUAUCAAGGUUUGGGUACUUACAGGAGAUAAGCAAGAGACUGCAAUGAAUAUUGGAUACUCAUGCAACAUUUUAACAGAUGACAUGAAUGAAAUUUUCAUUGUGUCAGGCUACACUGUACUUGAAGUCCGUGAACAACUCCGGAAAGCGACACAGCAAAUGAUGGGAACGUCUAUUUGCAAUGGACAUGCUGUCUCUGAAAAGAAUGGAACUUUGAAGUUAGAAUCAGUGAUUGAAGAGACUGUUAUGGGAGACUAUGCGUUGGUUAUUAAUGGACACAGUUUGGCGCAUGCACUCGAGGCAGACAUGCAGCGUGAGUUCCUGGACUUGGCGAGCAUGUGCAGAACUGUAAUUUGCUGUCGAGUCACACCGUUACAGAAAGCCCAAGUCGUUGAGCUUGUCAAAACGUACAAGAAAGCUGUCACACUGGCUAUAGGCGAUGGAGCAAAUGAUGUCAGCAUGAUUAAAAAUGCGCACAUUGGAGUUGGGAUCAGUGGCCAGGAAGGCAUGCAGGCUGUUCUAGCCAGUGACUAUUCAUUUGGACAAUUCCGAUACCUUCAGCGACUUUUGUUAGUCCAUGGGAGAUGGUCCUAUUUGAGAAUGUGCAAGUUCCUCUAUUACUUUUUCUACAAGAAUUUUGCAUUCACUCUUGUACAUUUCUGGUUUGGUUUCUUCUGUGGAUUCUCUGCACAGACUGUUUAUGAUCAGUGGUUUAUUACCUUGUACAACAUAGUUUACACUUCUCUUCCUGUUCUGGCCAUGGGUAUAUUUGAUCAGGAUGUCAAUGAACAGAAGAGUUUGGAAUACACAAGACUCUAUGAACCAGGACAACUUAACCUAUUGUUCAAUAAGCGGGAGUUCUUCAUCUGCAUAGUCCAAGGAGUCUACACCUCCAUUGUUCUUUUCUUUAUUCCAUACGGUGCAUUUUGUGACACUACAAGAGAUGAUGGGACACAUCUUUCUGAUUAUCAAUCAUUUGCUGUUACUGUGGCAACAUCUUUGGUGAUUGUGGUUAGUGUGCAAAUUGGGCUUGACACUAGCUACUGGACCGCAGUGAAUCACUUCUUCAUAUGGGGGAGCGUGGCUGUCUAUUUCUCCAUCUUAUUCGCCAUGCACAGUAAUGGAUUGUUCUCAAUAUUCCCAGGCCAGUUUCCUUUUGUAGGAAAUGCUCGGAAUUCCCUGGCCCAUCUCACCGUGUGGCUUGUCAUAAUUGUGACCACCGUACUAUGCAUCAUGCCAGUAGUUGCAAUCAGGUUCCUGAUGGUAGAUUUGAAACCAACCUUGAGUGACAAGGUACGAUACAUGCAACGCGUCAGGAGAAAACAGAAGCCAGUGCAGCACCGUAUGCGCCGUGUAAACCGUACGAGCUCAAGAAGGUCUGGCUACGCAUUUGCUCAUCAAGAGGGCUUUGGUGAACUCAUUACCUCAGGAAGGAACAUGCGCUUCAGUAAAACAUCGACGACGGCAACUGGGAAGUCGAUGCCAAGCAGCACCAGUUGGAUUGAAACUUUCCGAAAGAAAACAACAGAGACCGUAAAUAGCUUUGGCAGCGACAAGAAUAUAAAACAGUAGAGCAGCAGCUAUUUGGAAGGAACGAUGCCUUUCCUUGUUUUAAACUUGGCCGUAGUUUGUACUGUGCUGCAUGUCUGCAAAGCUCGAAUCACUACUGGCUGAAGAGUCACCAAGUGAUGAACUCUUGUUUCAGAGCGGUCACACGUGAAUUUUUCGUGCAAUGUUGGACAACCAUGACGGAGUCCUCAUUGCCAGGUGGCAAAUGUUAACAAGAAUUGAGUUCAAAUUUACAAUUUGUGUAAAUGUGACAAAAAUGUCAGCUCAAUUGAAAUUGAGGGUUUUGAGGCACUUGUCAGUAUAUCGGCUGACGUCCCCGUCACAAAACAAGUUUUUAUUUCUAAGCUGUAAAUAUUUUUUAGCUUUUGAAAACAUUUUUGUAAUGCAAGAGAGCAACAGUUGCAUUAUGUUAUGCUGCUCAACUUAAAAGGACGUAUAUAAAUAAGAUUACAGAAAAUUGGCAGAGCAACAUACCUAAUAUAAUUCAUUUCAUUCACUAUCAGGACCCAAUUAUAUUCUAUUCUGUCUAAGAAUGUUACACUGUGGUCCUGUAGCUAUGACCUCAUUUGAGGAGUUAGUGCCUUUGAGUUUUCCUUGCACGAGGAACAACUUUAUUUGAAUGUAUGUAUGUAUGUAUGGUUUUGAAAACUACACAUUGCAUUUACAAACACUUCAUGCUUUAAUGGUUCAGUUUAACUUCACUUCUGAUUGUAUUUCUGCAGUGAAGUACAACAGCUAACCUUAUCAGAAUUGUUACCUUUGCAAUAUGUUUUCUACAAGAUAUUUGCUCUUCAUACAGUUACUCUUUAUAUAUCAAUGUAUUCGCACUAUUUUUCCAAGAGGGAACAUCAAACAGACAAAGUCUGUUUUAAGACUUGUGGACAUAGUAAACACAUCAUUUGGUUUCAGGCUUGUUCAAAUGUGUCUUUAGUCCCAGACUUUUGGCCACUUCUAUCUCCCAGCAACCUUUCAUUGUUUGGCUCUUCAUAAAGUCAGAUUUCCCCAUUUUAUCAGGAUUUUCAUGUACAUGUCUUAGUUGCCUCAUUUUCUCCAAUUACAGCAUUGUCAACACUUCAAAAGUAUUUCACCCGUUGUGAAAAGCUGUCUUGAUGUCAUAAAAGGCAUUGUGUGAAUGCAGUUAUUUCUUUGUGGAGAAGGAGCCCAUUUUGGUGAUUUAGUUUCUUACAGUAGUAUUGAACUUCAGCAAACAUCGUUAAAAUAUCUUCUGUCUUUAGUAUUAUGCUUAUUUAUAUUUGUUGUAUUAAAACUGGGCCAUACCCCUAGUACUGUACCCAUACACUUAUGGUUUAAGUGAAGGCAGACAUACCAUGCAAGACAGCUGUGCAUUUUCAGUGGACAAGGUAAUAAACAAGAAGACUGUACCCCCAUCUCUCCCAAUUUCCAUACAACAGAAAAUCUAGCCUCUGAUGUGCUCCCUAUCUUCCCCCGCCAACCCCCAACCUAACAGCAAAGGGUUAUUCUUAACUCAGCAUUUGAUACCUUCUGUUGCCUUACUGAACAAAAUGGUCCCCUGAGCCCUUCCAUAGGGAGCAUCAAUCUGACCUUUCAGUCCCAUUCCCAGAGGUCAAAUGAUCGCUAUCUUAUUGAAAACAACUUCAGUCUUUUCUCUAAGGAUAAAUAAUCAUUUCUCAUCAUUCCAUUCACAGGUGUGGCCUUCCAUUAACACCUGACCCCAGUCCCAUUCAAACUCUUGAACAAAUAAGCCAUUGCCAAGAACCGCAGAGUGCUUCAUUGUCCUCUAUCCCCUCUCUGCCAUUGUGCUCUUUUCCUUCAUUCCUUUUCCUACAACCUCAUUCUUUCCCUUUUUCUUCAAUCUCCUCUGAUCUACUUCCAGUUGUUUCAUUCCCUUCUAAUCUGAUUGUCAUGAAUACUAAUCUUACUCUUGACAUCACAGAAUAUUGGCCAUUGCAUUAGACCUGCCACAUUCCAUCUGAAGUGCAGUAUUGCCCUCAGUCAGUGUCCAGACUAUGCCUCCUUUUUUUUCUGUGUGCACCCUGACUUGCUAAUCGUUGUAGUUACAUUACUGGAUUAGUGAUCCAGAGGUCUGAUCGAAUGACUUGAAGACAAGUUCAAAUUUCACCAUGGCACUGGGGAAUUUAAAUUCAGUUAAUAAAUAAAACUGGAAUUAAAAAAUACGAGUGUAAGUGUUGGUGGCCAUGAAAACUACCAGAUUGUCAUUUUUAAAAUCAAUUGAUGGUCUUGAGGGAAGGAUACCUAUUGUCCUUCCUGAGUCUGGCUUAUAUGUAACUCCUUGCCAACAGCAAUGUGGUUAACUCUUAACUAUUGUCUGCAGUGGCCAAGCAAGUUAUUUAUUUGUAUUCAAGAGAGUGCUUCAUCACUGCCAUCUGUAGUGCAAUUAGGAAUGGGCAAUAACUCCUGAAACAUGCCUCUUGGACAGGUGCCAUGAACACAAUCCUCCACUGACAAGAGACAUGGUGAAGGAGAAGUAGUUGGGCACAUUGACCUGGAGAGAAACUCACCCACUUUGUGUCACCUCACUUACUAAGUUUAGGGCGAGAAGGUCCACGGAGAGUCUUCUCAACCAGCCACCCAUUUAGGCUAGUAAGUAGUCAAUUAAUCAAGUUUAAUCUCACCACCAGCAUGAUUACCUGACAAGCGAGAAAGGUGACUAGUCUUCCCUCCUCGAAACCAUAUUAACCUGCGUGCCAGGUUUGUGUGGGCAGGGGAAGCAUUCUCCCAUUGCCUCAAGCAUCUGAAAGCUACCAACUGCCUUCACCUCCAACCUCCCAUUCCCCAUGGUCUCCAUCUUGUGAGUUACUUAGACCAGAUUUAGAACCUAGAAGCUGCUAGUUAUCUGGAUGCCAGUGUUGAGGCCUCUCUUAGGCCGAGAAUCCAACCCACACUUACCUGUGAGCUCUUAAUGACCUGAUUAGUCUGGUACAGUGGCUCAGUGGUUAGCAUUGUUGUCUCUCCGUGCCAGGGAUUGGUGUGAUUCCAGCUUCAGGUGACUCUCUGUGUGGAGCUUGCAUGUUGUGACUGUGUCUGUGUGUGGGUUUCCUCC